AUGGACGGUCAUGGAUCUCUGGAGUAUAAAACAACUCUUGGUUUUAAUAAACCUCAGCAGUUACAUCGAAACCCAUUAAUCGAGGGACAUCCGGAAAAUCCAAGCAGAAUCGAUGUUUGCCGUAAUCUCCUCACAGAAAGUGGAUUGAUAAAAGAAUGCCAAGAAAUUGAUACAUUCCCCUCCUUGGACGAUUUGGACCUAAGGCAAACACAUGCCGAAGGCCAUGUGAAUAGGCUGUUGAAAGAAGCGAUCUCCAUGGACCAGGAGUCGUUAAAUCUUCUUUGUGAAGACUAUGACUCAGUGUUCAUGACACCGGGUUCGGUGGAAGCCGCAAAGUCAGCGGUAUCUUGCUGCCGUUGGUUAGCUGAGAACAUUGUUGAGGAUAAGAUCCCAAAUGCAUUUGCCCUUGUUCGACCGCCAGGGCACCACGCUGAUCGUUAUUCUGCAUGUGGUUUCUGCCUUUUCAACAACGCCGCACAAGCCGCCGAGGCGGCUUUCAACUUUGGAGCUGAUAGGGUGGCUAUAAUCACAGUGUUCAAUCUGUUGGCGUCCAUAGAUGUUUGCGAGUUCUUUGUGGAUACAAGCCUUUACCACUUACAAAGUUGGGACCACCGAAAGUUAGGUACGAAUUUGAGUUAGUU